CGGCGCGGGCUGCGCGGCCGCCGCCGCCGGGGCCGGAGCGCGCGGGGGCCGCCGGCGCUGCCCGGCUGAGGGCGCGGCCCCGCAGCCUGGGUGAGCGGGCGGGGAGUGGGGCCGCUCCGUCCUGUGAGCGGUGCCGGGGGGAGAUACGGCCAGGCAAACAAUAACUCGGGUUGCGUUCUGCCCGUCCCCCGCGGGGCGCGGGACAGCGCCGCGCACUUUCGGCGCUCCACGCGUGACAAGCCCGCCGGAGGGGCGGGACCGCCGUGACACCCGGUGGUAACCGCGGCGGGGCUUCCCCCUCUGCUUCUUUCCUCUCCCCACAGCGAUUCCUGCUGAAAUGCGGCGCCCCACGCUGGCAUGAGCCCCGCCGUCGGGAGCAGCGCGCCCCGGGCACCGCCGCUUUCCCUGGCCGCAGCUCGGUGUCGGGAAGAAAGCGCUGUCGCCGCGGAGCCGCCGCUCACGGCAGCGCCGGACGCCGGGCGAGGGACGGACGUCCUUUUUGUAGCUGGAUUCAAGCCAAGAACCUCUACCCACAGCUGCCAAGCCUGGCAUCCCUCCUGGCUCCAGCAGGUGCAGCACACUGGAAGCAUGGCUACAAGUGCCGUUCCCAGCGAAAACCUGCCCACGUACAAGCUGGUGGUUGUUGGAGAUGGUGGUGUGGGCAAGAGUGCUCUCACUAUUCAGUUUUUCCAGAAGAUUUUUGUGCCAGACUACGACCCAACGAUUGAAGACUCCUACCUGAAGCACACGGAAAUAGAUGGGCAGUGGGCAAUUCUUGAUGUUCUGGAUACUGCAGGCCAAGAGGAGUUCAGUGCAAUGCGGGAGCAGUACAUGAGGACUGGAGAUGGAUUCCUCAUCGUCUACUCGGUGACAGACAAGGCCAGCUUCGAGCACGUGGACCGGUUCCACCAGCUGAUCCUCAGAGUCAAGGACAGGGAGUGUUUUCCAAUGAUUUUGGUGGCAAACAAAGUUGAUCUAAUGCACUUACGGAAAAUUACAAGAGAACAGGGGAGAGAAAUGGCAACAAAACAUAACAUUCCUUAUAUAGAAACCAGUGCCAAGGACCCACCUCUGAAUGUGGACAAGGCCUUCCAUGAUCUCGUGAGGGUAAUAAGGCAACAGAUCCCAGAGAAAAGCCAGAAGAAGAAGAAAAAGACCAAAUGGCGAGGGGACAGAGCCACGGGCUCCCACAAACUCCAGUGUGUGAUUUUGUGACAGGACACCCUGGGAAUGCCUUGGAUGCCUCCCUCCUCCCCUCCUGACCCACCGGCAGCCCGGGUGAGGAGCCGCAGCUCGAUGCUGAUGCCCACAGGGCCCCGUGGCCCCCGGGCUCCCUGCAGAGGCUCAGACUCGGAGCAGGCGGCUCCAAGGCUCCGGACCCCCAGAGAGGGGCUGCACAUCAGGGCCAGCGUGGGAGCUGUGUGAAUGGGAGGCAGAAGGGAUCAGCAGGACCUCAGCUCUCAAACAUCCCCAGCACCUUCCAGGGGCCUCCAUAAUGUUUAUAAAAACAAACAAAAAAAAAAAAAAGAAGGCAGAAGUUAAAAAAAAAGUGUUGGUUUUAUCUGCAAACAUUUCUCUUUGUGACCCAUUUCUGAACAGCCUUGAAUAGCCCCCCUGUUUGGUACAGUUGUCUGUGUAUGUGUGGGGGAAGGAAAAGGAUUUUUCUUUCUCCUAAUUUUUUUUUUUGUCCUCUUCUUCCUUUUUGUUGUUUGCUCAGCAAGUGUUGGGUUGCAAAGAAACAACGGCCAGGCUUUAGAUUUUUUGCACUGGACUCUCUUGGGCGGCAGUGCCAAAACAGAACUUCAUAUGAAAGUGCAUAGAUUUGAAGGAAGAAAAUUAAUUCCAGCUGCCCUGGCUGCUCCAGACAUUGUGUCAGACUCUGGAGGGUUGCCAGCUCACAGACCAUAAACUCCAGUUUAGGAAAGGAGGUUUGGGCUUGGAUUAUAUAUUUCUUUUCUUACCCUUUGUCGAGAGGUUUUGUUUCUGUUUUGUAACUUCGGACAUGUCAAACUUAGGACAUUUUGUUAACCUGGAAGUAUUUAAAUUAAAGUAAUUUACAAAUGGAA